CUUGACAGCAGCGUUCAUUGUCAAACGUAGAAUGUUAAUGUGUACAUUUUCAUACCUCAUCUACAAAUCUAUCUGGAAGAGGAAAGUUUGUUAUAUAUUUGACUAUUUUCGGUAAUACAUGAAAUUUUUUGAAUGCUUUACACUUUUGAUUGAGUAGACCAAUAUGGCAUCCAGUGAAAAUAACAGCGAUGAAGGGGGAACCGCUGCUGAUUAUGAGCACAUGAUUCAAUUCGAGUAUUUAAAGGAAAAAUAUCGUGAAGUCCUUUCAAAACUAAAAAGUGUUUCUAAUGACAAAGAAAGGUUGGAAAAGGACUAUCAGUUGGUUAAAAAAGAGUUGGAUACCAGUAAAGGAGACUUCUUCAACACAUGUCAUGAUUAUAACAUGUUGAAACAAAAAUAUGAUAAUCUUCGUCUACGCUUUGAUGAGUUUUCCCAUGAUCCCCCUGAUUGCACACAUUGUGAGGAAUUGAAAAAAGAAAUUCAAACCGUUUAUUCAGAAAGAGAAUCAGUGUUCAAAGAUAUUCAAUGCCUGGAGCGUAAACUACAAGCAGCAGUUCGCAGUCGUGAUGACUCGUUAAAAAACUAUGCUGCACUGCAAGAAAAGUUGGAAAUGAUAAAAAGAGGAGAUUUUCAUACAAAUGAUAGUAGUUGGAACAGAGAUCGUGCUGAAAGUAAAGAUAAAUUUGAAAUUGUUUCUGAAAAUUUGGAAUCCGCAAGCAGAGAAAUUGAAAGGUUGAAAAAAGCCCUGGAUAAGGCGAAAGCUGAAAUAGCAAGAUCAGUACAGGAAACUGAAAUAGCUAAAGGACGAAGAGAUUGGGCAAUAUCUGAACGAGAAAAAAUAGUACAAGAAAGAGAUAGCGUUCGAAAUCUGUGUGAUGAAAUUCGAAAAGAGCGCGAUACAGCAACAUCAAAACUGCUGGCUGCUAUACGAGACAAAGAUGAGGCAUGCAAAGAAAUUGAACAACUUACCGAGCGAUUGGAUUCACAUAAUUUGAUGAAGGAUAAUUUGAGCAACAAUAACGCAAACCCUGGAAAGCUGUUCAACUCGAUUGAUGAUACAGAAAAUAAUUCACUGUAUAACACAUCCAGUUUAGAUUCAGUAUAUGAUUUAGAUAUGCUUUUACAGUAUGAAACUAAAGUGAUUGAAAUUGAUUCAUCUUUACUUGAAAAUAAUACUUCCAAUUGGGGAUUAAUUCUUAGAGAAAACAUCGACGAGUAUAACGACAAUAAUGUAAAGGGUCGUGUAGCAGGCCCAUCGGUUCUAUCUGUAGAGCAUAACUCUAUAUUUUUCGGAAGAUUGUUGCCGAAUGACAUUAUUUGUCAAAUUGAUGGUUUAGAUUGUGCCAAGUUUCCCAAGCGGAAAAUAUUUAAGGCAAUCAGAUGUAGUCUUCCAACAUGUAUUAUCACGAUAAAACGUCCAAUCAAGCGACUGCUUCCAAUACAAGUCAAUUACAUAAAUGGAAAUAAAAAUCACGGCCUAUAUUUGGAAACUGGAAUAUUUAUAUCAAAAAUAGAGUCCAAUUCUCUUGUGGAUUGCGAUGGCAGACUUAGUACAGGUGAUCGCAUAAUAUCUAUAAAUGGAAAACCCACUAGUGGAAUGAAGAAUGUUAACGAAAUCAACACAAUUAUCAACGACAUGAGACACAACUGCUUGAGUUUAAUUGUUGUUAAAGAUUUGAUGGGGUGUUCUAAUGAUAUGAGAUAUUUUGAUUCGAGAAACAAGCUUCUGCAUUGCAGUAGCAGCUCCACUCAAACGGAAAAUAUAACGGACAAUGUUGGAAGUGCGCAUAAAGAGGCAAUGAAUCAACUUAGUUUAGAUUUGGAAAAAUACCACUUUCUACCAUCAGCUAUGCCGUUAAGUAUUCUUACUACAGCCAGUACACCAAAUUCAAUAAUUGCCAGCACACCCACGUCUUCCAAGUCUGCUUCUAUAUUGACAGGAAUGCUCCAGAAAUUGAAAGGCAGAAUGAAUAUAAGCACACAUAAAGAUUGUCAAGAAAACGACGCCAUCGCAGCUUUGGAUUCUGUGCUUGACAGUGAUGAUCAGGACUCUAAUCUUCCGAUGUACUCUAAGGUUCGUGAAAAGAAAACCAAGAAGAAAUCUAAGGAAUCUCAAGAUGUACCCCGAGGAACCUGGCCACGAGUAACAAUGACUGUUCACUCAAAUGAUAAUCACGUGGGUACAGUUUUACAUCGACCUAAACGAGAACGUCCAAAGUUAAGCAUUCCGGUGGAUAAAUUAGAUAGUACCAACUAUUACAAUGUUAAUUUACCUACUGAUGAAUGUGGCCUUAUAUCACCACAAUCUUUAACAAAUAAUCCAACUAGUGGUGUGAAAAAACGAAACUCAAACCCAGGCAAUAAUUUUGAUGCGAGUAGAACAGUACAAUCUUCCAAAUAUGGAUAUGACUUCAAUGUAUCAAAGUCAAAUAAAUUCCCACAUUCAAGAACUUUUGCGUAUGAUACCCACAACAAUAAUCAUAUUUCAAACAUCAAUAGACAUAGUUUGAAUCUAUCAUCACUGAACAAGCAACAGUUACAACACCAGCAUACACAACAUUUGAAUACCACUGAUUUCAUGCCAAGGAAAAGCAAUAAUUCAAUCGACUCUACAAUAUUGCCCUCUAAAAAUACAACAAGUUACACAUUCAGCAAUAAGACCUCUAUGAAGGAUCCUUCAGAUUGUUAUCUGUCCACUAAGAUAUCAAAGCAUUCAUCCAAGUAUUCGAGCGAUACCGAUAGUAUUGAUAUAGAAAAUGUUUCUCUUUCAAUGGCAGUACAUACACAUACGUUGCCCCACUCUCACUCAAGAAGGCAAUCAAUAAGUAAUACUAGCAAUGCGUCCUCAACGAAUAAAACUAAUUCAGCUAUUGGUGCUAGUGGAAUGAACUUCCCUAAUGCUUGCGGUUCAUCUGCGUAUUCUACAAUAACUCCGUAUCAUCAAAGCACAUGUUCUCCACAGGGAGGUACAAUGCGUCCAACGAGCACCAUCAUACCGUCUGCAGAAUAUACCAUUUUGCCACAGGCACCCCAUCAUUCACAGGGAUCGUCUAUUGAUUAUCCAUUUAACCGAUACAGUCAAAUUCAAUCUUCGAAGGAAGAGGUUCCUUCUGGUUUGUUGGGACAUAGCUUUGAAGGCGGAACUUUUCCACGAAAUAAAGUACAUCAGGGAUAUCGAAUCCCUUCAAAUCAAAGUGUAACCAGCCGCUGGAGUGGAUUCAAAAUUAGUAAUGGAUCGAUUGAUUACUGCAGCUCCGGACGUGCCUCGCCAACAUUUCAAGUGCAAGUGAUUGAUCCUGGCCGUAUAUCAACUUCGAGCAAGCGUACUUCAAUGCAAGACUACAAUGCCAGAUGCAAGCCAAACAUUGGAGAAGUACGACGUGUGCACAUUGAUAAAAGUGAAAUGUCACUUGGCAUUAAAAUAUGUAGCCGUGGAAAUGGAGGAGGAGUUUUUGUCUCAAAUGUUGGAGAAAAUAGUCUUGCUAGUAAAGUAGGGCUUCAAAUUGGUGAUCGUUUAUUAGAAGUUUGUGGUAUCAAUUUGAGAAAAGCAACUUAUGAUUUAGCCGCUAAUGUUCUAAGGCAAUGCGGUAACUCUAUUACAAUGCUAGUGCAAUACAAUCCAGACGUUUAUAGCAAUCUUACCACGAGUGAAGAUAACAUUGUACAUUCAAGUUCACCAACACCACAGAAUUCACCACGUACUAUAGGAAGGGCUAUAAUGUCCUCUGUCAACACAACAACAGUCAAUUCUGUAUCAACAAUUGCACCAAAAACAAUAUCGACUAAUGAUAAUCAUCCAUCUCAGUUGUCAAGCUCAUCUCAAAGCAGUCAUUACAAAGAACAGCCGAGAUUAAUAUUCAUAGAAACAAGAAAAAGCUCAAACCUCGGCAUAAGCCUAGUUGGAGGAAACGCGAAUGGUAUUUUUGUACACGGGGUACAGAAGGACUCGAUAGCUGAUAAUGCUGGAUUGCGAAUAGGAGAUCAGAUUUUGGAGUUCAACGGAACUGAUUUGAGAAGGUCUACUGCAGAACACGCUGCUCUGGAAAUCGCUAAGCCGGCAGAGAACGUUGCGGUGCUUGUUUUCUACAAUUUACAAAAAUUCAAUCAAAUUAAAGAUAAACCUGGAGAUGCAUUGUAUAUUAGGGUAGGGUUCGACAGAAAUUGCGAUCUAGGCGAGUCUGAAUUACCAUUUAACAAGGACGAAGUUUUAUAUGUUGACAACACAAUGUUCGGCGGCGUCCCUGGACGAUGGCGUGCUUGGAAAUUGGAUGAAUAUGGCCACAAACUCCAAUGUGGAAUUAUUCCAAACAAGCUAAAGGUGGAGGAAGAACUGCGAUUAUUCGGUGACAUCCAGGAUGUGGAAACAACUAGGCGAGGCUCUACAUCGGCACGGCGUUCUUUCUUCAAACGAAUCAAACCACAAAGAAGCUCGUCAAGGGACUCGAAAGAGUUGGCUAGUUUCAGUAACACUCACCUAAGCUUGUAUUUGGAGACAGGCAAUAUCGGGGAAGAUGGAUUUACAAGCUAUCAACGGGUUGAACGACUUGAGUAUAAAUUUCGCCCAAUUCUGAUUGUGGGGCCGUUAUCUGAAUGCGUAAUUGAAAAGCUAUGUAUAGACUUUCCUGAGCAUUUCCAUCGUUCACAACUACGUCAAAUGCGGUGCACAAAAGAGGAUAUGGAAAGCGGAGUUCAAAAUAAUGCAAUCGCUGAUUAUCGAAGGAGGGGUAGUGUAUUUGAAUACACCACAAUCCAGUCAAUUCUUGAAAACAAACAACACCAUUAUAUACUGGACGUUUGUAUUUCGGCAGUUGAACGUUUGCAGCGAAAUCAGAUAUAUCCUAUAGUUUUGCUAUUACAUUUUAAAUCAUCGAAACAAAUUAAAGAAAUAAAGGAUUCUCGUCAUUCUACUGACAAAAUUUCUGCCAAAGCUGCGAAGGAAAUGUAUGAACAUGCGCUUAAGCUAGAAUCGGAUUAUCGACAGUAUAUCUCAGUUGUAAUAUCUGGAGUGAAUAUUGCGCAUAUGUGUACGCAAAUCAAAUCAGCUGUUGAUAGCGAACAGAAGAAAUUACUAUGGGUGCCAGUUACAUCAAUGGCGUAGAAGUUAAGGUGUGCGUGUGUUGUCGUAUUUUACCAUGUUUUAUACCUGCAUAGCUAUAUGAUAAGUAUGGAUCAAAUCUUCCGUAUUGAUUCGGACCCCGAUUAUAUAAACUGAUUUUUCACUGACAGCAAUGAGUAAGUAAUAAAAGUCAUGCCCAGGAAAUAUAUAUACUGUGAUUCUUA